GACGGAGGAAAAGGAGUGGCCUGGUGCAGAUCGCUGGAGUUUCUCUCUCUGUGUGGACGUGGGAGUGACGAGUGGGGAGAGACACGGUGAGACAGAGACACAGAGAGACAGACACAGAGAGACAGACAGGAGAAGCUUCAGUCCUUCAGCACCAUGACGUCCACGGCCUCUCAGAAGAGGAUGGUCUCCUCAGUCUUCAUCACCCUGGCACCCCCGACCCGAGCCACGGUAACACCCACGCCGCAGAUCACCCAGCAUUCGGCCGUCCCCGUCAGCCCCACCGGGACCCAGAGAAAACCCUCCACGCCCACCAGCGCCUGUCAGGAUUUGGGACGGAGCCUUUUGCCCACAGAGGCCAGGAAACCCCACACGGAUGAAAGCAAACAUGGAGCUGCGCACACGGCACCGUCCAGAGCGGGUCGAACUGGACAUCUGCAGAAAACGGAGAAAAAGAGUCCAGACGACUGUUUUCCUCCUCCACCUCCUCCACCUCCAUCUAUAGACUCAGACGUCUCUCAUGUUCCCUUUGCUCCUCCUCCGUCUGACCUUAAAUGCCGACCACCAGCUUCCACACGCGAGAAGCAGCUCUCUGAUCCUGGGCGUGUGGAGACGACGACGCCUCCUGCUGGUUGGAGUCAGAACGAGUCGACCGGACUGCAAGUGGAAGAGGACGUCUCACCAGAUGUGUGUGGAUUUUGCCGGAAGCCUGUACCCCUGAGCGAGCAGGCCAUCGAGGCGCUGAACAGAAUCUACCACAGCGGCUGCUUCCAGUGCAGACAGUGUAACGUCCCGCUGGCUGGCAGAACCUACUACAACAAGGCUGGACUCCCGCUGUGUGAGGACUGUUACCAGGCCAGCCUGGAGCCGUGCUGGGCGUGCGGCGAGCUCAUUAAGGAUCAGGUGAUCCGGGCGCUAGAACGAGCCUACCAUCCACCCUGCUUCGUCUGCACCACCUGCAAGCAGCCAAUCGGAGAGCAGCGUUUUGCGCAGGGCGAGGUGGGCGAGGUUUACUGCCUGCAGGAUUAUUACAGGAAGUACGCUCCUCAGUGCAGUGUGUGUGGAGAGCUGAUCAUCCCCAGAGAGGACGGGACGGACAGCUACACGGUCGAAUGUCUCGGUCAAUCUUUCCACGAGGACUGCUACCGCUGUGAGGUGUGUGCGGUGCUUCUCUCCCCGGAGCCGAACGAACACGGCUGCCACCCGCUGGACGGGCAGAUCCUGUGCAAACCCUGCCAUCUUACCAUGAUCCAAACCAGCCAACACUGAUCCUGCCCUCAGGAACCGAUCACUCAGCACGACCGGCUAAACCCACAGAGCUCCGAUCUUCAGCUUAGAGGCGUUUCUGACGCAGGACAACGAAAUAACUGUAAAUGGAUAUAAUGGACAUUUUUAUUUAGAUAAUUUAGAUAAAAUCACUCAGAAUUACCACAAUUAAGAUCUGCUAUUCACAAAAGAAUUUAGACCCCUCAUUCAAUACAUUGUAGACGCCUUUUUGCCAGCAAUUUCAGCUGUGAGUCCUCCUGGUUACAUCUCUUACAUACGCUUUGCAUGCCUGGAUUUGGGCAGUUUAUCCCAUUCUUUCAGGCCCCGACGGACUGGAAGUGUAGCUGCAAUUACCAGAAAAAAAACAGAAUAAUAAUCCAACUGUUAAAAUACUUUAUAUCACUUUAUUUUUACAUCCACAUUUUUUAUUUUUCUGCAUUUUAUCAGCCAUGUAGCUGCACGUGUAUGAAACUCUGUUGUAAUCUGUUCUUUUGCACUUGUAUAAUUUGCACCAAAAUCAGUUCACCAAAGAUAUUUAUUCAUCAUUAAUUCAUUCCAUGUUUUCAGACAAUUAAAAUGAAUAAAUACUGA